GAGUGGACGCGCUGGCGGAUGAUUGAUGCGAAUAUUGCGUAUACGUCGUGUGAGCGGCUCAAAAGUUCGUGCGUGCAGGAGUCAGAGUGUGCGUGUGUGUGUGUGUCAACAGCAACAACACCAGCAACAACACCAGUAGCGACAGGUGAGCAAGGCGACGAAUCAGGACCUAAGAAUUAAGCCAAAGUUGAAGAGCGAGUAACAGACACCGCCAGCGGGCGGUCCGAAAAGCCAACUUCAUUUACGUUUGAAACGCAGUUGAAAUAAACGACUUCACGACACUGGCGGAUUUGCUAAAAAACAUCCAAUCCCUGUGGCUAACGAGCUGGCUCAGCUCUGGAAGCGGGAGGACCAAGCGUACGAAGAGCCUUGCAGGCGGCGGAGUAGGAAUCGGAAUCGGAACCGGAAUCGCUGGCCAAGAGAAGCGCUCCGUCAACGUUUACACGCUCCAGCAGCCGCAUAAAUUUCCGCUUCAAUUGGACGUGUGCGGCGGUGGUAAUUGCAGCUUUGAUUGCCACCAAAAGCAGCAGCAGCAGCGGGAGCAACAGGAGCUGGACAGGAUCCCUGCCGCGUCGUCCCUAUCCUGGUCCCAGCGACAGAGACGCCAGCUGGGCCAGAGCUGUGACGAAACCAAAUUCAUUGAAAGUUCAAUGGCCCAAACGAUGGACGACAUGGUCUUUCAAUGCAACAAUCAAAAUUCGAUUUAUGUGCUUAAUGCCAGCUAUGGUGCAUAUGGGGACUAUGGCACAUAUGCGGCAACAAAGCGUGAAAUAAAUGGCAGCCAGAGCAGAGCGGCAAAUCCAAUUGAGGCAACUUGCUCCAGUGGGGGAGUCGUCCUGCAGCAUAAAUUCAAAACUUUUGGCACUGCCACAACAGCAACAGCAACAACAACAGCAGCGGAAGGAGGAGUAGAUGUGGCAGCGGGAAGCGCAUCAAACUACGUAAAUCCUGUCGCUACAUCAAUGUCAACCGCAAUGUGUUCACCGGCAACAGCGGCCCUGCAAAAAUUGUUCAAUUGCAGCGUUGGCGGCGCCUGCCACAAUGUCACCCAAACCCAUCCCCAAACCCUGGGCCAAAUCCAGGACCACAGCCACAUCACCAGCCACCACAGCAUCAGCAGCAGCAAUAACAAUGCCCCUGCCAGCAGCCACAACAAUAGCUGCCUGUCAGCGGCAGGCGGAGUAACCCAAAACGGCCGGAAUCGGAGCCGAAGUGGCGGCGAGUCCCUGGAUGGCCCAGCGGGUGUGACGACAGCAGGAGCUGGAGUAGGAGCAGGCGCCGCCGGUGGCCUCCCACUGAUGCCGAAGAAGAAAUGCACCAAUGUCAAAUCAGCGCUUAUUGCCAAGAAGACAAAGUUUCUGAAAUAUCUCGAAGAAGAAAAAUGGCGCAGCAACGCAGUAGCAGCAGCGGAAGAUGCGGGCGCCAUCAGCAAUGAGGCGGAGCCACCCAACAACAACGGCGGCAACUUGAAAAAUCAGAGCAACAGUCGGGAGGCUGCGUAUCGAGGUGGAAGUGGAUAUGGGAGUGGCAGUGGCAGCGAGCAGCGCCAGCUGAAUAAAUUGAGCAACUGGAGCAUGCAUAAUGAGGACAACAGCACCAGCACAGCACCGGCAGCACUGCUGACCAGCCAGCAGCAGCACCAGCAGCAGGCGAAAUCCAGCUUCGAGCUCUACCAGGAGGCAGCCGACAUAUUGGGCCUGAGUUGCAGCCUCUGUGAUAAUUGCCGAUGCCUGGACUGCCAGAGCGGUUACUUUGACUGCGACGACGAUGAUGAGAGCUACUCGGAGCACUCGCUGAUGGACGAUGAGUACGAGUUCGAGUUUGACUGCACCGCCGAGGAGCUGCAAGCGGUGCUAACAGGCCGAGAUAGGGAGCUGGAGCCUUGCUGUCAGCCCCUGGGGGCCAGACCCGGUUCCCAUUUGCGCCACAAUGGGGCUUCCCCGGACCCGGACACGUCACACACGCAGCCGGAAUCUGUCGGACAUCGGUUGGCCAUCGAUUUUGAUUUAAUUAACGCCACUUGCAGCCAAGUUCUGCAAAACUGUGAAACAUUCAAUGAAUUGAGUCUGCUAGAUGCCGCCGCCGCCGCCGGAGCCGAGCGUCCGUACACGUAAAUCCAGAUAACGAGAGAAGGCAACGAAAGGAGGAGGAGGAACAGGAGGCCCAAUCAGCCAUCGGACACUGCGGCUAAUUAAAGUUUAACAUUCCGGCGAAGCCCAUUAAUUGCAAGUGACACCUUCGGACAGCGGCUGCCACACCGCUCUCGCCCCGGGGUGUAUUUGCUUUUCAUUUAUCUUUCUGAUUUGAUUUCAAUUAAGUUCCGAUACAAAUAGUAUAAAUCGAAGGACAUGCUUUCGCUGCCAUAUAUCCUAUAUACAAAUAUGCAAUCUACACUCCUCUGAACACACAGACACUCCCUUGGACGUUAUGCAAACUCAAGUGGGGCACGUGACGAAAUAAAUAAAUUAAUUGCGAAUUGUAAUUUUCCAAUCGAGGCGGCGGAAAUUCAAUUGCUGGCUGGAAAAUCUGAAACAUUUUCAGUGAUUAUUAUCAGUAAAUAUGAUGCCACACACAUGCAGAAACAAUGUAAAACAAUUGUGCCAAUUUCAUAUUCAUAUUGGAAUGAAUUGCAAACCAAAUAACAAAAAAGGGAAAACGAAAAGCAAAGGGGGAUUAUUUAGCCCGUAAUCUGACAAACGAAACAAAAUAAAACAAAAUGGAGCCGAAAACUAUUUGCAAAUUCCAUAAAAUAUUUAUCUCUAUGUAAAGGUUCGGUGUUGGUAGCGCUUAAGUAUUUAAGAAUUUUCGUGUGAUGCUUUUCAUUCGUUCGAUUGAUUUCAAAUCAAAAAGAAACAUUGGAAAUAUAUACAUAUAUGGAUUUGUGUUGGAA